ACUGAAAUCUGUGUGGACCCCAUAUAUAUAUAUAUAAAUAUUUCAUUCUGAGGACUGUUUCUGCUAGCUAAACCUGAUUCUAGCCACACACACUGGUGGGGGACAAAGGAUUUUGGGACCCAAUGACUGGAAUAAAUUGAUAGAAUUCUUCCUCUGCCAAGAUGUCAAAAAGAGAAAGAGAAAGGCCAUAUGCCCCUCCCCCUCCCCCAGCCCCUACAACACAAUUGCCCAACACCCCCGGGUUUGUGGGGUACAACCCCUACAGYCAUCUGGCUUACAACAACUACAGGCUGGGAGGGACAACAAGCAACAACAGUCGGGCAACGAAUUCUUCAGGAAUAAACAUUCCAAAGCCACCCAAGCCGCCAGACAAGCCGUUGAUGCCRUACAUGCGAUAUAGUCGCAAGGUUUGGGAUCAAGUAAAAGCCUCCAAUCCCGAUCUGAAACUAUGGGAAAUUGGGAAGAUAAUCGGUGGCAUGUGGAGGGACCUCACUGAUGAGGAGAAACAGGAUUACUUGAAUGAUUACGAAGCAGAGAAGAUUGAGUACAAUGAGAGCAUGAAGGCCUACCACAACUCUCCAGCCUACCUGGCUUACGUCAACGCUAAGAGCCGCGCCGAGGCCGCUCUGGAGGAGGAGAGCCGACAGCGCCAGUCUCGUCUCGACAAGGGCGAGCCGUACAUGAGUAUCCAGCCAGCCGACGACCCAGAUGAUUACGACGACGGAUUCUCCAUGAAGCACUCGGCUGCCGCCCGUUUCCAGCGCAACCACCGGCUGAUCAGCGAGAUCCUGAGCGAGAGCGUGGUCCCCGACGUGCGCUCCGUCGUCACUACCGCCCGCAUGCAGGUCUUGAAACGGCAGGUCCAGUCUCUUAUGGUGCACCAGAGGAAGCUGGAGGCGGAGCUACUUCAGAUUGAAGACCGUCACCAGGACAAGAAAAGGAAAUUCAUCGAUGCCACAGAGUCUUUCAACARCGAGCUGAAAAGGCUGUGUUGUAUGAAAGUGGAGGUGGACAUGGAGAAGAUAUCUGCAGAGGUCGCUGCGGCAGAGGAUGCAUCACGCAGGCGUAUGUCGGAGCGGGAGAAGGAGGCGUCCACGUCCUCUAGCCUGGAGGAGGAGGAGAAACCAGUUGGCCCGUCAAACGGCAGCAAGAGCCAACAGGUGUCUGUCAGUGACAGCAGCAACAAGGAGAGGGAGGAGACGGAACCCAGCCCCAUGGAUACUGGUGAGAAGUCAAAGGCCUCGGAGGAGUCGAUGGCUCGUCCUGCCAGUGAGGUUGAGGAGGGGGCGCCGUCGGAGGACAAGGAGAGUGUUCCGGAAGGGGUGAUGGAGGACGGCACCAGUGACAGUAACACGGGGUCGGAGACCACCUCUGCYGUGACGGAGGACGCCCCGCCCAGCGAGCCAGCAGCCUCAGAGGGGCCRAGCAGGGCACGCCCUACCGCCCACUGAGGAGUCGACCUCUGACCUUAGGGCCGAGAAAUGUCCAUGAUGCAUCAUUCCAUCUCUACAGUCACACUCUGAUGAUAACACAUUGUACAUUAGUAUCUAUGUGAACCCAAGUUGUGUUUAGAUGGGUUUUUAUUUCCGAUGGGAAGUUUGAUGCAAUUGUUUGAAUCUUCAGAGCUCUGUUGGCAGGGUCAAAAUAGACCUGCCGUCAAUUUGCGAAGCGCUUCAAGUCCACAAAGCAAAGCAAUUGUCCCAACUAAAGUGAAUGACAUCUAAAUGGAGUCACAAUUCAUACGGUGAAUUCACCGUAUUUCUAUCACAGACCGCAGUGCCAGUCGAUAGCAACCAGCCAUCACCUGUCAAUAUAUCCAAACAUAUCUCUUGUCUUAUUCUAUGGUACUAUAUCUGGCAGACACUAUGGUACUAUAUCUGGCAGACACUAUGGUACUAUAUCUGGCAGACACUAUGGUACUAUAUCUGGCAGA